ACAAGAAGUCAUGCGGUUGGCUGGGGAUGAUCAAAAGGCAGUGGGGACAACAUGUGGGUUGUUCAACGAAGAUGUUUCAGGAGUACAGGAGGAAAGAUUUCGUGUUGACCGACGAAAGCUGGAACAAAUGCUUCAAGGGGGAGCACCUGAUGGUGGACCGAGAACUGCGGAAGAUUUUUUUCGAAAAAUUAUGGAGGAAACGGAUACCCAAAUAUCAUGGCCCUCCAAACUGAAAAUAGGCGCAAAAUCCAAAAAAGAUCCACACAUUAAAAUAUGUGGACGACCAGAAGCAGUGUCAGGAGCUCGGGAAAAGAUUUUAGAAGUUUUGGACACAAAGCAGAAAAACAGAGUGACACUGAAGAUGGAUGUUUCAUAUACAGACCAUUCUCACAUUAUUGGAAAAGGAGGGAACAACAUCCAGCAGGUAAUGGAUGAAACUGGUUGUCACAUCCACUUUCCAGACUCAAACCGUACUAGCCUUGCAGAGAAGAGUAAUCAGGUGUCAAUAGCAGGGCAAGCUACAGAAGCAGAGAAAGCUCGCUGUAGGAUAAGAGAAUUGUUGCCUCUUGUGUUUUCCUUUCAACUACCAAGUACAGGUUUCCAAGCUCCACCAGAUCCUAGCUCCCAAACACUGCUGAUGCUACAACAAAAAUAUGGAUUCACAAUGUCUGUUCGGCAGUGGUCAUGUGGCAGCAACACCAUCAUCGUAAUUCGAGGAUGUCGUAAGGACUUCCACCGCAUUAGACAAGGAGUUUCAGAGCUUAUGGAAUACCUAACUGGAAAUAACAUGCCUGGGCUUCCAGUCACACUCAGCUUGGAGAUUUCUCCUCAGCACCACAGCUUCGUAAUGGGCCGGAAUGGUUACAACAUUCGUUUGAUAAUUCAGCACAGUGGAGCAGCUAUUGCCUUUCCUGAUGUCAAAGUCCCUACGUCUUCUGGUGGUGAAAGUCUGACAACAAUGCAACCUAACAAAUCUACAGUUACCAUUACAGGACAACUUGAUUGUGUUUAUUUGGCAUGGCAAGAAUUAAUGGGCUUUCUCCCAUUGGUUUUGAUGUUUGAUUUGAAAGAUGGCCAAGAUGUAGAACCAGUUGUAAUUCAUAGCUUGAUGGAACAGCUCAAAGUUAAUAUAACACUGAGACCUAAGCCUAAACAAAAUGGCAAGUCUGUCACUGUUAGAGGAGCAGAGAGGGACUCCAGAGCUCUUUUUGAAGUUAGAAGACAGCUUCUUGGAUUAGAUAGAUCAGAUGUUCCUCUCUGCUGUGAGAAACAUGCUUUCUCUCUGUUCCUUUCAUCCAUGUCUAUGAAUGGAGGAAAUUCACCACAAGAUCAGCUUGUCCGAGAACUGAGCAAGAUAACUGGUUCUAUAGGUGAUGGAAUUCCAGCAACAGCUAACCCAGCCAAUUCAGUUUUUCUGUUGAACAACCUUCAGACCAGCUCUCAUCUUCCACUGAACUCCCUUCCGUUUACUCCAGCCAACUCUCUACAAAACCCUCAUUUCAGUACAUUCUUGUCUUUGUUUACUCAGUUUCUGCAGAGUACCAAUACACCUGCCAUAUCCUAUAAUCAUCUGUUACCUGUCAGUUCCCAGAAUUACUCUAACUCCAUUGAUGUGAACAAACGUAACAACUGGCCUGUCUAUGGAGGAAAUUAUUUUGAUCCAAGAACAUCAUCCUCUGUGGAGAGAGGUUUUUCUGGGAGCAGCAGAAGCAGUAGUAUAUCUAGUCCAAGCAUCAGUCCAAGACAGAGUCCGGUUCACUCUAUUUGCCUAGACCCUUCCAUUCAACAUGGGUUUUCAGAUGACAAAAAUACUUUAAAUUCUGAUGAAGCUAAGCCAUAUGGCUGGGAAAAACAGCCAAGCUUUCCAGUUACAACUGUUGGACCACGACCUAUUGCUGGAAGAGGACUGUCCGUGGACAAGGAAGAUACUCUAGGAUUAGCUGGGCUAUCAAUGUCAGUUGCAGCUGGUGGACCAUCUUUGUCAAGAACUAUGUCCACAUCAUCUUUAGCAAGUGGCUCAUUAGAUCAGUGUAGAGAAAAUACAAAUCGAUGUGAUCUCAGAACUGUUGGAUGCGAGAGGGCAUUUAAGCAUGCAUUCCCAUUUGACUAUGAAGAAGGGAAGUUUCAAGCUACAAGAGCUAUGCAGAGACCGGUAAGUGCUCAAGCCAGAGUUCCAACAAGUGUUUGGGCCGGACAAGGUUUCUCUAAAUCCACUCCAGAGUAUCUUUUCAGAGACAAAUUAAGAGAAUGCCGUAACAGAGAUGUUUUUGAAGCACUGAAGGAGGAACAUUAUGAUUUAAGUUCAGAGUGGGGAUUUUCCCAAAGAGACCAAACAGACAUGCAGAACUUCAAGCCAGUAGAUCAACAUUCUCACUUUCAAAAUGGAGAUGGUCCUUUCUGCAACAGUAAUUAUUUUGAUAGUGUGUACCCCAAAGUGCCAGCUGCAAUGUUGAGAGAGGUGAUUGACUUGCCAGAACUAUUUCGGAAACUGGGACUGAUGAAGUACACUGAUGUAUUUAUACAAAAUGAGAUUGACCUAGGAAUAUUCCUGACACUCACAGACAAAGAUCUCCAGAAAUUAGGAAUUCCUUACAGUCCAAAGCUGAAAAUGCUCAAUGCCAUAUCAGAGCUUACCAGUCAGCCCACAAUGACAGCUAGAGGAAAAAUAAAGGGAUUUUCUGCAGCACCUGGAGCAGAAUGGCAUUCUCUAUUGUCAAGACUUGACCGGGAGAGACCUUCUUCAAAAUUUGUGGAUUUACAGUGGUGAUAAAGGUUAUUGAAGAUAUAUUUUAAUAGCUUUUUGUUUUCCCAAAAACUGAACAGUCUCUAAUCAAUAUAAACUAUUAUGAAAGUUAGCUUUAAAGUUGAUGUGCUUUUUUUAUUUUGUAUGUUUUGUUUUCUAAAAUUACAUGUAAUUAGAAAGUAUGAAAUUAUUUUUGUUUUAGUAAGUUAAAGAUUAUUUUCUGAUAUUUCCAAAGUUUUGAAAACUUCUGGUAGUGCAGCUAAAAGUAUUUUUUUUUUAAUACACUUGUAGAUGCAUAGGUUGACACUUGCCUCCCACCAUAUUUUAACAUUUUCACACUUCAUAAACUUAAGAUUCUAUUAUAAAUACUAACAAGAGGUGUUACGUUUGCUGUAGUAUACUAUGUUUAUUAUCAUUGGCAAGUAUGAUACUUCUAGACAUAAUCCUAAUUUAAGAGUGGAAGUUCUUACUUAAUAAAUGACUGAGAAUUUUUAUCAUGGUACAAUAUUUUUCACUUUAAACAGUUAACAUGGGGAAAGGAAAAAUAUUUUAUGUAUUUACAUAGUAAUUUUGUUUAAUAACUUUGUAAUGUUAAGGGAACAAGGGACUGUAAGGAAAGCAUCAGUAAUUCCUGUUUUCACUAAAAAAUGUUUAUUUAGAGACUUAUGACAGGCAGAAAAAAAAUAACAAAAAUUCAGCUUUUUCUGUGUAAUGCAUAGUAGAUUCCUCCCUAGGAUUUAGAGUAAACCCUGUUUUGGACAAGUGACCUUUCCAUUCUCUCUAAUUUGUUUUAUCCAUAGGAGCAGUCAGGUUAAGCAGUUUUGUUUUAUACAAGAAGAUUUAAAGAUAGACAAACAUAACAAUGCUCCUUGUAUUUUUUUUUCACAGCUGUGUAUAAAUGGUCUGUAUUAUUUGCUACUGAUAUAUUCUACUUUUAGGGCUAGCUAUGUACAUAUUGUAACUUUGUGCCAUGUAAUAAGGAUUAUCCUCCCAAGCCAAAGAUGUUUGACUUGUGAUACAUAUUUGCAAACGUAUCUUUACAAAUUAAGUAGUGCAAUCCAAUUGAAAGUGCUUUAUGUAAUGUAGUUUUCUUAGUUCCUAGGUUAGGUUGUAAACUAUGAUAAGUGCCAAAGUUUUUAAGAGUUGAAAUUAGUUUGUUUUUGUCAAGAUAAAAAAAAAUUAUAUAUACAUAUUUAGUAGAAAGAAAGGUUUUAAAAAAAGUUCACUUAUUGUACUUUAAGUGUUCUGAUAUAUACUGGUAAAUUAAUAGUUUGCAAGUUUUGAAAACGUUAAUUUUUUAAUGUAUAAAAUUGUGAAAAAUGAAAACUAAAGUAAGCAUUAUAGUACUAUAAGUACUAUCUGUAUUCAGUAGCAUUAUUUCUGAAUACUUUGAGGUAGGGAGGGGAAAGUUUUCAUUGCCUUUAAUUUUUGUGCCAGUGCAUGAUUUGCAGUCACAAUGUCAGUAUUUUUUGAAAUUUUGAAAUGCCAUGGGACUGCAAAAAUUCCUAGUCUGGUAACAAUGUACUCAAAAAAAAAAAAAUUUCUUUUUUUUA